AUGGACUUCUCCGCGAUGAACUCGGCCGAGCAGGCCCACAUGACUCGGGUCAUUGAGCGGAAGCAGAUGCAGGACUUCAUGCGGAUGUACUCGAACCUCGUAGAGCGCUGCUUCAACUCGUGCUGCAACGACUUCACCAGCAAGGCGCUGUCAUCAAAAGAGGAACAAUGCGUCCUCAACUGCACGGACAAGUUUCUCAAGCACUCCGAACGGGUGGGAGCGAGGUUUGCAGAGCAUAACGCUGAAAUGAUGAACGCCUCGGGCAGCAAGUAA